AUGAGCAUAGUAGGAAAUAAUUAUAGAGAUGAUGAUAGCACAUCCGAUGAUGAUAUAUUAAUUGACAACAUUAAAAAAAAUGUGUAUUCUACUAAAUUAAAUGACACCAAAAAAAAUGAUAAUACAACUUGUAUAUCGAAUAAAGAAAAUCUUAUAACGAAUAAUGAUAAGCCAAAUGCAAAGGAAAAAGGCAGUACUAUUCGGCGUGUGGGAUCGAAAUUAAAUGUAAAAGGGAAAAGUGAAGAAAAUUUAAAUGUGUGUAAAAUAAAAAAAAAACAAAAAAGUAUUAGUGCUGAUAAUGAUAAUUUAAAUUCAAAUAAUACCAGUGAAGGAAAAAAGACAUUGAAACAUUUAAAAGAAGCUGUAAAGAAAAAAAGGGAAACAGGUGAAAAAUCGGUGCGAGUUAAAGAGGAAAAAAAAAUUCCAAAUAAAAUAAAAAAAGAAACGAUUAAAAAAUCAAAAAAGAUACCUAAAAAAUCUGAAGAAAAUUUCGAGCCAAUAAAUAGAUGGUGGGAAAAAAUAGAUGAUCAAUCUGAUACACAAUGGAAUUAUUUAGAGCAUAGAGGUAUUAUAUUUUCUCCUCCAUAUGUAAAACACGAUAUUCCAAUUUUUUAUAAAAGCAUUAAAAUAGAAUUAAAUCCUAAAGCAGAGGAAUUAGCUACAUAUUGGUGUAGUGUAAUAGGAACUGAUUAUUGUACAAAAGAUAAAUUUAUAUUAAAUUUUUUUAAAACAUUUAUAAAUAAUUUAGAGAAGGAUAAUAUUAUAAGACGAGAAAAUGAGCAUAAAGUAAAGAACGGAGAUAUAUCAAAUUUUAAGUUUAUUGAUUUUAUGAAAAUUAAAGAGCAUUUAAUUCAAUUAAGGGACGAACGAUUAAAUAAAACAAAAGAAGAAAAAGAAGAAGACAAAAAAAUUCGGAUGGAAAAAGAAUUACCAUAUACAUUUGCAUUAGUUGAUUGGAUUCGUGAAAAAAUUUCAAGUAACAAAGCAGAACCACCUGGUUUAUUUAGAGGUAGAGGAGAGCAUCCAAAACAAGGAUUAUUAAAAAAAAGAAUUUUUCCAGAAGAUGUUGUAAUUAAUAUAAGUAAAGAUGCACCUGCCCCAAGACUCUAUGAUGAUAUGUGUGGACACAAUUGGGGAGAUAUAUAUCAUGAUAAUAAAGUUACAUGGCUAGCUUAUUAUAAAGAUAGUAUUAAUGAUCAAAUAAAAUACACAUUUUUAUCAGCUCAAUCAAAAUUUAAAGGGUAUAAAGAUUUUUUAAAAUAUGAAAAUGCUAGAAAGUUAAAAUCAUGUGUACAUAAAAUUAGAAAAGAUUAUCAAAAUAAAAUGAAGAGUAAAAACAUGAUUAAUAAACAAUUAGGCACAGCUGUUUAUUUAAUCGACUUUUUAGCUUUAAGAGUAGGAGGAGAAAAAGAUGUUGAUGAAGAAGCAGAUACAGUAGGCUGCUGUAGUUUGAGAGUAGAACAUGUUAGUUUUUCCCAUAAUGUAAUUAUAAAAAAUGACAAUACAAAUGAUGAAAAUAAUAAUCAAAUGGCCAAGAUACCGUUACCUAAAAAUUUAGAAGAUAUUUUAGAAGAUGAUUGUUACAUAACAUUAGACUUUUUAGGUAAAGAUAGUAUUCGAUAUUUUAAUACCGUAAAAAUUGAUAAGCAAGCAUAUAUUAAUAUGAUUAUAUUUUGUAAAAACAAAAAUAAAGAUGAAGGGUUAUUCGACCAAAUAACUUGCUCAAAAUUAAAUGAAUAUUUAAAAGAAAUAAUGCCAACAUUAUCAGCAAAAGUUUUUCGUACAUAUAAUGCUUCAAUUACUUUAGAUCAACAACUAAGAAGAUUAAAAGAAAUAAAAGGAAAAAAUGAUGAUUCUUUAUUAUCUUGUGAUAUUGAUAUACGAAAAACAAAAAAAAUUAAAUUAGAAAAUGCAACAUCAUCAUCAAAUGUGUUAAAUGAUUGUAACAAUCCACAACAUGAUGAAAAAAUUGAAAAAAAGGAAAAUGAUAAUACAUCUAAUAAUGAAAAUAUGAUGAAAAAAGAAAAUAUGGAUGAUAAAAAUUCGCCAAUAGAAGUAGAUGUAUCCAAUAUUAAUGAUCUUAUUAACUUUUUUAACAAUGCUAAUAGAGAAGUUGCUAUUCUUUGUAACCAUCAAAGAAGUAUUCCAAAACAACAUGAUACAACAAUGUCUAAAAUAAAAAAACAAAUUGAAGUUUAUAAUGAAGAUAUACAAGAGUAUAAAAAAUAUUUACAAUAUUUAAAAAAAAAUAAUAAUGAAAAGGAAUUUACUUUUGUUUCAAAAGUUGUUACAUUAGAUGGAUCCUUACGACCAAAUAAAGUCAAAGAAAACAUGAAAGAAGAAUCAUGUAAAAAAAAACUAAUCGCUGUUAUUAAAAAGGUAGAAUUAUUAGAAAAUCAAAUGAAAGUAAGAGAUGAUAAUAAAACAAUAGCAUUAGGCACUUCAAAAAUUAAUUACAUGGAUCCAAGAAUAACUGUUGCAUUUUGUAAACAAUUCGAAAUACCAAUAGAAAAAAUAUUUAACAGAAGUCUAAGACUUAAGUUUCCUUGGGCAAUGUUUGUCACUAAAAAUUUUCGUUUUUAA